AUGGCUGACUUCACAUCAAAUUUGCAGAGCUUUGAACCUUCAAUAUCUUUCCUAGAUGCUGAUCCAAGCAUGGGACUUAUCAACCAGUUUCCAGAGCUAAACCAAAUUGUUAUAGAGAGCUCAAACUUAAGUUUCCAGAGCUUCAUGAGUUUUUCCAAUGACAAUCUCUUUACCAAACAAUUAUCCGAUUUCUCAGGAAACUUAGAAGAAAAUUUCCCAUGCAUUUUCCAUCAUGAUGACAAAAAUGACAUACCUGUUUCUGGUCACUUUGUCUCUGGAGGUGAUUUUCAAGAGAGCAAGAAGAGAAAAGCUAUAGAUGCAUCAGAAAGUAGUUCUGGAUACUCUACUCCUCCAGCUUCGGAGAAUGGAAUUACAAGGCAAAAUAGUUCAGGUAGAGGAAAGAAAAUGAAAAGCAAUGAGAAGGAAGAGAACAAACCAAAAGAAGCCGUAUAUGUGAGAGCCAGAAGAGGCCAAGCCACUAAUAGUCACAGUUUAGCUGAAAGGGUUAGAAGGGGAAAAAUUAAUGAGAGACUUAGGUGCUUGAAAGAUAUUGUUCCAGGUUGCUACAAGACUAUGGGCAUGGCAGUAAUGUUGGAUGAGAUUAUUAAUUAUGUCCAUUCCUUGCAAAAUCAAGUUGAG